AUGCCGGCCACACCAUUACGCCUCGUCACGCCUUCACCCCGAACCUCCUCCUCAUCGCCCAUCUACCCUCCCUCGUUCCUCACCGCCUCACCGCCGCAUUCGCCGACGUAUGCAGCCUUUGGAGGAGUCAACGAGCCUCUCUUACCGCGCUCGCACUCCCCUGGAUCGGGAGGAAGUCGACCUAGCACCCCUUCGCGACGGACCUCCUCUCCCGCUCCUCUCUCGCCCUCGUCACCCUCUUCUUCACCUUUCGGCCCGUUCUCAGCUCGAGCACCGCCAAAAGCUGCGCGGCUUGGAUCGUCGGGACGGAAAUGGGUUGCGGUGGGAGCGCUUGUCCUUAUGGUGGUGGUUGCGAGUUGGGGAGCUUCGAACCCUUCUUCUGCGGCGGGUGAUGCGGAAGUCGCGGCUGAGAAGGAGAGUUGGUACAGCGGAUUUGGAGAUGUCACGAACUGGGCGUGGAGAGCGGGAAAGGCGGAUGUUGAGGCUGUAGAGGAGGGGUCGGCGCGGGAAGAGGUCGGCGCGAGCGAGGGAGACGUGCGAUUACCGCUCACAGACGGAGGCGACGGUGAUGAGGAGAAGCUAGAAGCGGUGUUCACGGACCAGGCGCCGGAAGAUGCGCCUGCGGAGGGAGACUUGCGGGUUGAGGAGGCUGCGCAGGCGAGCGAAGCGGCGCCGGUCGCCGAGGAGGAGCUCUCGUCCGUUUCGCCAGCGGAGCCCGUACUCAACGUCCACCCUGUCCCUCGACCACUUCCGCAAGACCCGGAAGUCUCGCGCUCGAUGCGCUUCCUCUCGUUCGAGAACCACUCGGGCUUCCACAACCAACGCAAGUCGCUCGUCAACGCCCUCGCGCUCGCCCAGCUCCUCAACCGCACGCUCCUCCUCCCUCCCGCCCGACUAGGCGCCGCGAUCCCCUGGGAACCCGAUCCGAAAGUUCGCGUCGCCGUCUCGGAGGAAUGCAAGGCGGGCGUGACGACUCGCCCGUUCGCGAGCAGUCCGAACUCAGGCAAGAUUUCGACAGGCGAGGAGUGCGAUGAUCCGGCUCAUUGGACCUACGUCGGCUGGGACUACCUUGUCACGCCUUCUCUCCUCGCAAACCGCUCCCUCGUCGACCGAUGGAACGCCUCGCACUCGCUGUUCACCCUCCCCACCUCUCUCGGCGGCCUCGACCUCUCUCCCUCCGAAAUCCAGCGCUUCCCCGACCCCACUCGCCGCUCGUACCAAAUCCUCGACUCCCCCUCAACACCGCUAGACAAAGGACUCUUCACCUCCCGCCUCGAGUUGUCCGACUUGCGCGCCUCCCCCGCUCGAUUACUCCAAUUCGGGAGCUUGUUUAGCGGCGCGAGGUUGAAGUUUGUGCAGGAGGAGAAUAGGAGAGUGGUACAGGAUGUUGCGGACUUGGUGGUGUUGCAGAAUGAUGGGCUUGAUGGGAUCAGCGGGAAGGUCAGGGAGUUGUUGGGGACGUACGUUGCAGCGCACGCGCGAGUGGGAGAUGGGAACUUUAAGCGCGACGCGAUCAAGAACAUGCAACGCGUCUUCCGCAAACUCGUCCACGACGUAUUCGGGCUCAAGAACGCGCAGAUCGACGUCUUGCUUGCUGAGGCGGCGGCAUCAGCGGGGCAUGCGAGUCAGGCGAAGGGGAAGGGCGGGGCGAAGGUCGCGCGGGCGUUUGGGCAGGAGGAGCGGGAUAGGCAGGAAUGGGACGACAAGGACGAUGAGGAGGAGCUUGCGAUCAAUGAGGACGAGUCUCUCGAGAUGCCUUCGUCCGUCUUCCGGCGCACGACCGCCCUCUCCCGCCGUGCAGUCCACACCGCCCCACCCUCCCGCGCUCUCUCUCCGCCCCUCACCUGCCGUUCACCGCUGCACGACCCCCUCCUCGCGCCGCACCUCGCACCCCUCAACACACCCCUCUACAUCGCGACCGACUCUCGCUCUCCCGCGACCGACGCAGCUCUCCGUCCUUUCAUGCGAUGGUUCCCCUGCGUCUUCUUUCUGAGUGACUUUGUCGAGUUGGUGGAGGAGUUGGGGGAGUUGGUGAGCGCUAAGAACGGAGAGGGAGGAGGAGGGAAGUGGGUGAGCGAGUGGGAUGGACAGCCUCUGGCGCGGUACCUCUUUCCUUUUCUCGAAGCCGAGAUCGCGGCGCGAGCGACGGAGGUUGUGGGUACCCCGACUUCGACAUUCAGCGGGUACACGGUGGGCACGUUGCACGGGAGUUAUGUCGAGCAGGGGAUGGCUGCUACGUGGGAGUGA